UUACUACCGCUAGAAGACAACAGUGUGGUCCUCCCACCUCCGCGCUCUCGGACACAGCUCGUGAGUGGCGCUCAGUCUGACGCGGGGACCGUACAACUACUGCUCAACCGAUAAAUGGGAGCUGGACUUGGUUUGGAUUUCUGGACUGUUUGGGGGCGCACAAGAGACACGGAGUUUUAGUGUUGGGAAGAAAGACGCAGUUAUGACAGAGCAGCAGUCGUGCGCGGCUUGAGCAGAGGAAUAUAAACGAAGUAUUGUGGGAGAAGAUUGAUAACGCGACUGGAGGGCGCAGAGGCAGAUGUAAUUUCCUAAAGCAGUGACUGUUCGUUUUGGAUUUGCUUUUUCUUUGCCAGCUUUCACAUGACUUGGAUCUCCUCUUGGACACAUCGCUGCAAACACUAGUACCAUGUGUCGUUACGCGGCAUAAAAACCUCAUUGUGGAGAUCUCUGUCGCACCGGGGGACAGGUGGUGCCGCUUGUCUGUGCGCGCACGAGGGGGUACACAGACUCACAAGCUUCCCAGACAGUUGUCCUAUAGCGAUGUUUGGCUGGAUAUCGGUUUGUACCAGAGACAGGUGCGAGAGAGGAGAGGAGGAGUAGUUCGCAAAGCCCCACGCGGGGUCUGGCAACGCGCUAACGAGACUUAUCCAGACUCUCCGCGCGCUCGGGAUUUGUUUCUAUUCGUUUCGGGCCAAGGGACGUCUUCUUUUCGCUGGAGCAGAGAUCCAGAUUGUCUUCAGACUGCAGAGCCGGCAUGCCCCAUUUCUAAAGCCUCAAGCUGAGAUUCUGAGGUUCUGUUGCCAUGGUGACCGCAGCCCCUCCCCUCCGCCUGUACUUAGCGCUGUGUUGGUUGGUCCGGACUGCCAGCACGGUGUUCCCAGAGGAGCCGGGCCCCCUCAACUUCAUCCCCGCUGAAGUGGUCCGGAGGUACCCGGUGUUUCUGGGCCGACCUCACAGAACAUGGUUGCGACAGGAGCCCCUGCACAUCCAGAGAGUGCUCCAGGUCAACCGCACGCUCUACAUCGGGGCAAGAGACGACCUUUUCAGAGUGGAAUUGGACAUUGUUGCAGGAGAUGAGAUGUUCUACAGUAAGAAAAGAACAUGGGAGUCGAACAAGAACGAUAUCCGGAUCUGCAGGAUGAAGGGGAAACAUGAGGACGAGUGCCGCAACUUUAUGAAGGUGCUGCUCAGUCGACGAGGAGGGCUGUUCGUGUGUGGGACCAACGCCUUCAACCCCCUGUGUGCCAACUAUACUGGCGACACUCUGGAGAUGGUGGGGGACCCAGUGAGUGGGAUGGCCCGCUGUCCGUAUGACCCCAAACAUGCUAACGUGGCUCUGUUUGCUGAGGGAAACCUGUUCACAGCCACUGUCACUGACUUCCUGGCCAUCGACGCAGUCAUCUACCGCAGCCUCGGGGACAGUCCGGCCCUGCGCACUGUAAAGCACGACUCCAAGUGGUUCAGAGAGCCGUACUUCGUCAGCGCUGUGGAGUGGGGGCCUCACAUCUAUUUCUUCUUCAGAGAGAUCGCCAUGGAGUUCAAUUACUUGGAGAAGGUGGUGGUGUCUCGUGUGGCCAGAGUGUGUAAGCGCGACCUGGGGGGCUCUCAGCGUGUCCUGGAAAAGCAAUGGACAUCGUUCCUCAAAGCGCGACUGAACUGCUCCGUCCCCGGUGACUCACACUUCUACUUCAACCUGCUGCACUCCACCAGCCCCGUCAUCAGGAUGCACGGGCGGGACAUCAUCCUCGGUGUCUUCUCCACUCCUCCUAACAGUAUCCCGGGAUCGGCUGUGUGUGCGUUUGACAUGGAGCAGCUGGCACAAGUGUUCGAGGGCCGCUUCAAAGAACAGAAGUCGCCUGAGUCCAUUUGGACGCCUGUUCCAGAUGAGCUGAUCCCCAAGCCCAGGCCUGGAGGAUGUGCAGUCCAGGGAUCAAGGUUCAAUUCAUCCAAUUCGUUUCCUGAUGAGAUGCUUAACUUUGUCAAGACACACCCUCUGAUGGAUGAGGCUGUACCAUCGCUGGGACAGAGGCCUUGGAUAGUGCGCACCAUGGUCAGGUAUCAGCUGAAUAAGAUUGUGGUGGACACCGAGGCGGGCCCACACCGAAACCGGACUGUCCUGUUCCUGGGGUCCAGUCGUGGAACCAUCCUUAAAUUCCUCAUCAUGCCCAACCAGGACAACACUGUCACUAGCAGCAGUGUCUUCUUGGAAGAGCUGGAGGGCUUCAACCCGGAGAAGUGUGCGGAGGACUCCCCUGCAGCCCGGCAGCUCCUCUCCCUGACCCUGGACAGACCCAGUCACACUCUGCUGCUGGCCUUCCCCUCCUGUGUGGUCCGGGUCCCCGUGGCUCGCUGCCAGCUCUACUCUCGCUGCAUGAGAAGUUGUAUAGCGUCCAGAGAUCCGUACUGUGGCUGGACUAAAGGGAGCACCUGUUCCUUCCUUCGUCCCGGGACCAGACUACCAUUUGAGCAGGACGUGGAGCAAGGGAACGUGGCCCACCUGGGGGACUGUGACGGUGCACUUCUUCAGGAGAGCUUCAUGGAUGAACCAGACGGCCUUGUGUCCGUGAACCUGCUGGUGGUGUCUGCGGUGUCGGCUUUUGCCACAGGAGCGGUCAUCUCGGGGCUGGCCGUGUGCUGGAUCAUGAGCCACAGACAUCGACACUCUAAGUGCGGUGCUAACUCUGCGCGCAGAAAGAGUGACAAGGAACAGAGCAUGUUAGCCCAGGGCCGGAGCGGCUCGGUCAUGAGUGUGACCAGGACCAGUGGAGGUGAGAGGCGGCGUUCUCAACCCGACAGUCUGUUUGUCAUGCACAACGGCUGGCCCAAAGACAUGGACCCAGGUCUGCUGCCCACUCCAGAGCAGACCCCUCUCCAGCAGAAGAGGAGCAUGCGUCUCCCUGACACCGACUGGGACCAGAGCCAGACCUUCCUGACUGCCUGCCCCAACAACUCUGUUAUAUACCUGAGCUCAAAGUUUUUACAUGGAGGAGGAGGUGGGAUGGUGAGGAUAGAUGACCCAGGGGAGGUGGUCCUGCCCCCCCACACUGAACGCCAGCGUUACCUGAUCCUGGCAGCACAGAGAGGGGACCACGGAGGGGGUCGUCCCACAGGCACUCUGAGGAACUCAGCGGGGGACUACAUCUACCCUGCCACUCCCCAGGACUCCCCCGACAGGCGUAGGGUGGUGUCCGCACCCGCGCCUCACAUGGAUUACGGAGACCCCCGCUGGACCCACGAGGCGCUCAACUACAACACCAACAAUGCAGCACCCUACCACCCACAUCGGCACGGGCUCAUCCGGCCCGAUAUGCAGGGGCCACGGGGUUUAGGGGAACUGGCAGACUUCAGCCAUCUUCUGGUCAAGAACAUGGGAGAGCGCACACCUAGUGGUCAGUGAGGUGAAACACGCCACAAGCUGCUCUGUAUAAGCUCUCUCUCAAACCAUUGUCCAACACAAAUUUGGAUUCCAGUUCACUCCCAGACUCCUGUCCCAACCUUACCCUGUCUGUCCUCUCUCACCAUCAUUCAGUGUCCAGGAGACAUACUCCUCUGAUCCGCCUGUGUCUGAGGGACUCAGCAGUGGACAGAGCACAGAGCUACAGGACAGGCCUGUACAGGGAGGUGCAAACCAAGAGAUUCUUCUCAUGGGACAGUACUGAGAAAACUGGACAAUCUCACAGAGCAAAUGUGAACGGUCUCGCUCCAUAGUUUUUCUCACCAUGGACGUUUUUUGAGUGUAAAAUCUAAUUUCUGCUUUUUUAUUUUUGUGCCAGUGGCAUCCAUUGGACAAUGGUGUGCUUUGUUUUGGGUUUAAAAAUGCCUGAAACUGUGCCAGGGGGCAGUGACUCUGACUGAAGUCAGCAGUGUGUGUAUGUGUGAAUGAGCCAUGUCCUGUUUAACUGUGAAUGGUGUGACUUCUCUGUGUUGAAACUGGUGUUAUUUUCCCUUUUCUAUGUACAAUCAUUUAGAGACAUUUAGAUUUGUCUCUUAAAAUACUAUGUUUUAACAAUCAGUGAUGGAAUGACCAAUGGCUAGUGAAGGAAGAUCCUUGUUGUAAAGUUUAUAAUCUUUAUAUUUAAAGUGCACAUAGCCAUGAAGUGAAAGAAAGCAAUAAUGAGCUAGUCAUAAAAGGGAAGAGGACAUAUUCCUUUAUUUACCUGUUUCUGGUUUCAGUGUUUAGAUAAACAGUAUGUAUUUGCCCCAUUACUGUGGUGAGGCGGGGAUGCGUUGGUCUCCAUGAUUACCACAUCUCAUCAGAGUGAGGGAAUGUGAGCUGAGGCUGACCGGACUGUGAGGCCCCUGGGAGCCCCAUUCACUCUCCUCUGCCACCACACUGAGCGCCUUUGUGCCCCCAAAGCAAAGAGGAGACUGCUGCAACAAAUAGCCGUUAAGAGUCAGAGGCUGAGUCCAAUGCUUCUGCUCCAUAGAAUAUCAAUGAGAGGGACAGCCAAGUGUAUCCAUCAUGUGAGAUACGGACGGGCAUCUCCUGUGACUGGGCUGAGGUGGGGCAGGACAGGGCCCGCUCCGAGCUGCCACAAUGACCAACCCCUUACGGCUUUUGACAAUGAAAGCAGAUGGGCAGAAGUCAGGUGUGGAGUUACCCGUUCAGUCCUGUAUUCAAACGUAGAUUCAGAGAUAGUUUUAGUUGAUCUGGGUCACAGCGCUGGGGUUUUUGUUUUGUGUGUGUGUGCCAGUCUCAUAGGAUUUGCUUAAAAACAUCUUUGAUCAACUGUACCUCCAAUCUCACCUUACUCCUCUUUGUUCAAAGCUCCAUUAGAGUUGUUAAGAAGCAGUUAACGUUAUUCAAGACACUAAACCAUGCAGCAUAUGCACUGUGGGGCAAUGUACAAAAUGCCAUUGUGUAAGUUACAAAAAGUGUACCGGAACAUGACAGUUGUCUGAAUUGCUUUUUGUGAUUCACACAAUAAAGGCUGUUAUUCAUUCUAAUUGCACAUUGAAAACAACAUUAUUGUCCCUAAAGGGAAAGGAGCAGUGGUCAGGUUUUUUGUUGGUCAGAGAUACCAACUAAUAUACCAACAAUAUACCAACAGCCUUUUAAUCUGACAAACUACAUGCUGCCAAGUCGUCCUCAUUUGUUUCUUCUGGUCAUUCUCUUUCUUUGAUUUGGCAUAAGUUCUGUUUUAGAAAUAUAAAACAUACAUCUACAUACAUGUAGUUCUACCACCUUUAAAUCCACCUUCAAGCCACUAAACAUUUUUUUAAUUAGGGAAAAAAAUAAUUUAAAGUUUAAGUUUUAAAAUAAGUUUCACAAUGUUUGUGACUUGAUCACAAUAGUUUGAUCCAUAUACCUCUGGAUUAUUGCCUACAUUAACCCAGUGUAGUACAAUGCAUUCAUGAGUGGGUCAUUAGUAUUGCACCCAUGAAGCCCUCCACCACCAGGCCGCUCCUCUCUGCCUCCUUUUAUCUCCAUCACUGCACCAGCCUCAGCCCCCGUGAGCAGUCAGCCGUGCGCUCGCCCCGUGUCUCCUCUGGUGUUGUACUAAACAUGCUUGAUUAGAUAAAAACUACUUUGAGCUCCCUCUAAUGAAGAUCACUACAGACACAUCAGCGUACAUGGCACCAGCUCUUUAGCUCCUCUGCUAACCACUGCACAGCCAAAUAAGCCCCUCAACCAAAGUCUAAUGUGUCUGAAUGAAGGAUCAGCUCAUGCUUAAAAUGGGCCAGCAGUGACUGAUAAAAAUGUAAGUACUAUGUGUAUUGUUUAAUGAACUAAACAUCACAGAGCAUCCAACUAGUAUCCACGGUUAAUACUAAUAAUAGUAAUAAUAUAAUACUAAUAGUUUUGUAGUAUUAUCAUUUAUAUAUAGCAUUAGCAUUAUUCAUUUUCCUCGUACCCAACUACUGGUGGUAAGUGACACAGUUGCCCUGGGAUAGACUGAUAGAGGUGUAGCUGCCAGUCCAUCCUCUGCAACCACCACUUAACUGGUCAGAGCCAAUCUAAAUAAAAUCUAAAUAAAAUACAUUUAAAAAGUUACAUUUUAAAUUUAAUUUGUCACAGACUUGCCAGUAAACUAAUAUGUCUAUGUAUGAAUCACGACAAUCAAACCUUUUUACAUGAAAUACAUAUGUGCUCACCUGCACCUUAUUGUUCAGCUUCCUCUGGUUUAUUCAAUAAUAAGUCAGAAAGCUGUUCCCAGAAGCAGGCUUCUUUAUUUCACAUCAGAUCCUUCAAGGGUGGCAAUUUCCAGACAUUUUCAAAGGCUCUCAUGCAGUAAAUUACUUUUCUUGCUUUAGCAUUGUGCUGAGAAAUUAUUUUGUUUGGACUCUUUUUAAUGUACAGUACUUUGCCACAAGCCCCAAUGCCCAUGCACAUUUUUCUUUGAUCAGCAGCAUGCACAUAUCAUCUCCGCACACACACACACACGCUCGCACACACCCCCACACACACUCGCACACACACACACAUAGGACAUGCCCUGUGACCCUGAACGUCCUUUUAUUUUCUAAUUUGUGCAUUUGUUUGUGUGAUAAAAGACCCCAGCCGGUAACUGCCAUUUGGCCUAUAGGUCUCUCUCUCAAAAACAGAGAAAAGGAGAGGAUUUCCAGGCCAAUCAGACCCAACAAAAAGCACAAAGUAUAAGAUAUAAACAAGAACUAGCAUUUUUUGUAAAGUUGUACUUAGUGAUCAUUUUGUCAUGUUUUCUAUUGUUUGUUUCUGUGGUAGAUAUUUGAUUUGAGGUAUAUUAUUGUACAUGAUUUCUGGUGUGCCGGAUUGACAAUGAAGACUGAAGACUAUCACUAUGUGGGUAUCGACUGAGAUGCUGCUUCCUGUUUUUAGGGAGAGUGGCAUCUUCUUCUACUACUGUGAAGGACCCUUAUUGCCGUGCUGUGGUUAUAUGACCAGAUGCCCUACCACCUGUACAUACCCCUGAUGCUUACCUGUAAUUUGAAGUGCGGUAGCUGCAUGAAGACACAGCUAAUUGUACAGACCUGUGUGAUUUUGUACAUUACAUGCAAGUGUGUGCCAGUCCAUGUGUCUCUAUACACACAGCCACACGUGCAUGCCCCUGCUCCAAGUGCACAGAAACCCCAUACACACACACACUACAGUCCAGGGGCUGUGACCACGCCCCUCCACUGAGCGCUGCCUGUCACUCCUCAUGGAGACACUGUGUCAACUUUCUUAUUGUAAUAAACCACUUCACAUUCA